AUGGACGGCCUCAGUGAUGCCGCCUCUCUUAUUACUUUGCUUCAGCUGGCGUCUAGCGUUAUCAAAUACUUCAAAAAUGUCAGCAACGCACCGAUUCAGAAAAGAAAACUACUAAGUGCGCUGGUACAAGCACGUGGUUUACUUUCAACUUUGAUCGAUCUCACAAAUGAUGUCGACGACGAAGACUGGUCACACACCAUUCAGAGCUUAUCCACACCCAACGGCCCGCUUUCUGCGUUUCAGGACAUUCUUGAGCAAAUAGCCCGGAAGAUAGGCGUGACAACAUCGGACUCCAACAUUUCAAGCGCUAUUGGUCGGCUUCGGUGGCCAUUUGAUCAAUCCCAAGUUCAAGAAAUGCUUGCCUCUCUUGAAAAGCUCAAGUCUUGUUUUCUCCUUGCCAUUGCAAAUGAUCAUAUACGCAUUUCUAUGAUCAUCCGAGAUGAACUUCAAGAGGUUCGUAGCCAGUUGACUACGAUGUUUAUUGAUACCCGAAGACAAACCACAAUCUCUCUAUCUAAGGAGCAAAAGCUCAUUGUGGACUCUCUGUCUCUAGUUAACUUAUCAGGAGAGCUAGAUGGAGAGAGAGUCAUAGAAAUGAGAGCAAGUACAGAGUGGCUUUUACUGCACGAAAAUUUCAAGCGAUGGCACGACUCGAGCACUACGCCAAGCACUCUCGUACUCACCGGAAACCCGGGUUCGGGAAAAUCAUCGGCGUGCCAGGUAACUCGAUUUUUCCUGAAGGCUUGGCAUCAGUCCGAGAUUGACAUCUGCAUCGCGUAUUUGGCCUUCAAUUCCCUACAGGGAGAGGACUUGACAAAGUCUAUGGCUUUAUCCAACAUCGUACAGCAAAUUUUACUGGAUCGUCCAUAUCUCAUGGACCACGUCACCGCUUUGAAAGUCACAGGUGGUCCACUAUCAAUAGUAGAGAGCAUUGAUCUGAUAUCUCGAGCACGCCGCGACCUCGAGCAGUUUUAUCUUAUUCUGGAUGGACUAGAUGAGGCUGGACAGGUGGGCAGAGAGCUUGUCGAGAGUCUCUUUACCAUUAAGCCACCCCUAAGAAUUUUAGUCAGCACACGACCAAGGCCGGAUAUUCUAGAGGCUCUUCAAAACUGUGUUUUCCUCGAUAGUCACCCAUCUGUGACACUUUCUGGUCAUCUCGAAUAUACGAGCAAAUUGCUUAAGGAGGACUCUCGCAUAUCAGGAUAUUUUAAUCAUGACCAUGACAACAUUGCCAAGGCGGCCAAAAUGAUUACUUAUCAAAGUCAGGGAAGUUUCAUAUACACGAAUGCUAUGGUGAAGUCUCUGGUACAGGCAGAAACUCAAGCCGCGUUCAAACAGUUAAUGUACGAUCCACCUUCAUCCAUCGUCGGCAUUUACACGUUAAUGCUGGACAAUGUGUUUCACCAGCCUGUGGAGAUUGCAGCUUUGGCCAGGAAGACUCUAAGAAUAAUACUUCAAACGGAUGGACCAAUGAGCGACCAGAGUUAA